AUGAUUGACACGUUGCGGCGGUUGGGAGUUGAUUACCAUUUCGAGCCGGAGAUUCAGAAUGCUCUGAGGUUUGUGGCGGCGGCGGCGGCGCCGCCAAACGGUCUCCACGCUUGCGCCCUCCGUUUUAGACUGCUCCGGCAGUCUGGAAUCUGGAUAUCUCCAGAUGUGUUCGACGGGUUCAUAGACGAGGAUGGCAAGUUCAAGGAAGAAAUGAUCAUCAGUGGCGACGUGAGAGGGUUGCUGAACUUGUACGAGGCUUCCUAUCUUGGUUUCCCAGGCGAGAGCGUUAUGGAUGAAGCCAGAAGCUUCGCUAGGAGCCAUCUGCUGAAGAUUUACAAUACUACUGAUCAAGCCAUGGCCAAGCAACUGGCUCGAGCUCUGGAGCUUCCGUCUCAUUGGAGGAUUCGACGGUCCGAGGCGAGAUGGCACAUUGAACAGUACAAAGACAUUGAAGGGAUCGUGGACCCAUCGUUGCUUGAAUUGGCCGUGUUGGACUUCAACAUGGUCCAACUUGUGUACCAAACCGAUUUGAAGGAGCUCAACAGGUGGUGGAAAGAAUUGGGUCUUCCAGAGAAGUUGGAAUUUGCAAGAGAUCGUUUGAACGAGAGCUUCCAGUGGGCAGUAAGUUUGAUCCAAGAGCCUCAGUUCAGCUACUGCAGGAAGAUUAUGUCCAAGCUCGUCUGUCUCGUUAAUGUCGUCGAUGAUGUGUAUGACGUCUAUGGUUCCAUGGAUGAACUCCAGCGCUUCACCGCCGCCAUCCUAAGGUGGAAUGCAGAGGAACUUGAUGAACUUCCCGAGUACAUGCAAAUUUGCUUCAUGGCAGUCUACAACACUGCCAAUGAACUCGCCUACUACACCAUCAAACAAAAAGGGUUCAAUUGCUUGCCUUACAUUAAACAAGCGUGGCAAGAACAAUGCAGAUUAUACCUCGAAGAAGCCACUACUUUCCACAAUGGAUUGGAUCAAACAUUCGAGAAAUAUUUGGACCACGGCUGGAAGUCAGUAGCACCGAGCAUCGUGUUGAUCCACACCUAUGCUGCAUCUGCCGAGACUCUCAGUAACGAAGCUUUCAUCUACGUACUUGGCUAGCUACCCGAACCUCACUCGCUGGGUAGCCACCGUCGCUCGUCUUACGAACGAUCUAGCAACCUCUAAGACGGAACUAGAAAGAGGGGAUAUUCUCAAGUCGGUAGAACGUUACAUGAAAGAGAAAGGUGUUUCAGAAGAAGAAGCACGCGAGUACAUUCGAUGGCGAAUCGACCAAACGUGGAAGAGAAUCAACGAAGAGAUAGUUAUGACGACGACGGGAAGAAUAUUGUACUCGAGACUUGCGGUGAAUCUUGCUCGAGGGCAUCAUUUCAUGUAUCACUACGGGGAUGCAAAUGGAUUUCCUACCAUUGAGGACAAAGAUCGAGCUAUGAAAUUGCUUUAUCAACCAUUCUCAAUCGGUCCAAUGGUGGAUUUGUAGAGAAGUACUACUACUAAUACCUAAUUAAGAAAAAAAGGACCACUUCAGUUAUUGUUUUAUGGAUGAUCAUAAAGUCUGGAAAUAAUUGUACUUUGUUAAUUAGAAGGGAUCAUUUGUAACUCCAUUUUGCAAUUGCCUUCCCAUUACAAUACUUAACCUGAUCACUUGGAAUUAAUAAACUUCUGGUUUGAAAAUA